AGAUUUCCCUUUUCUAGUGUUUUCUAGUAGAUGGAUUUGUCACUACCACCGCCACCAUAUCGAAGUUAAAAAGCGAGUCAAGUAUGGGUGACUGGAGCUUUCUGGGGCGGCUGCUGGAGAACGCUCAGGAACACUCCACUGUCAUAGGAAAGGUUUGGCUGACCGUCCUCUUCAUCUUCCGCAUCUUGGUGCUGGGCGCAGCCGCUGAAGAAGUGUGGGGUGAUGAGCAAUCCGACUUUACUUGCAACACGCAGCAGCCCGGCUGCGAGAAUGUUUGCUACGACGAGGCCUUUCCCAUCUCCCACAUGCGCUUCUGGGUGCUGCAGAUCAUCUUUGUGUCCACGCCAACCCUUAUCUACCUGGGGCACGUGCUGCACAUUGUCCGCAUGGAGGAGAAGAGGAGGGAGCGGGAAGAUGAGAACAGGAAGAUGGGAAGGCACCUGGAGGAUCAUGACCCCCUCUACCACAAUGGUGACGGAGGGGGCGGUUGGAAGAAAGAGAAGCCACCCAUUCGCGAUGAGCAUGGCAAAAUCCGCAUUCGCGGGGCAUUACUGAGGACCUACAUCUUCAACAUCAUUUUUAAGACCCUGUUUGAGGUCGGCUUCAUCCUGGGACAGUACUUCCUCUAUGGCUUCCACUUGAAACCGCUCUACAAAUGCCACCGCUGGCCCUGUCCCAAUACAGUGGACUGCUUUAUAUCCAGGCCAACUGAAAAAACGAUAUUCAUCAUCUUUAUGCUGGCUGUGGCUUGUGUCUCUCUGGUCCUUAAUCUGCUGGAGAUUUACCACCUGGGCUGGAAAAAAGUGAAGCAGAGCGUCACCAAUGAAUUUGUCGCUGACAAUGAAUCGUUGCUGCUGGGUGGAGUACGAGCUGGGGACGCCAAGACGCUUCCCGAGGAGGUCAGUCCACCAGCACUCGACUGUUUGCCCACGUACGCCAGUGUGAGUGUGGUCGGGGGCAGCACAGCUGAAGGGGGCGGCGACAGUCCUGCGGAGGUGAUUUCUUUAAGUCCCGAUAUGGCAACUGGUUCUGUGAAGAUGGACCGUACGUUGUUCCACCCGGAUGACCUCCUGUUACAGUCGCUGCCUGCUUCCUUUUAUGGCGGAGUCCACAGACCGCUACCAGAAGAGAAGCAGAACUGGAGCAACAUGGCAUUGGAGCUGCAGGAUCCAAAUGGAAAAAACUCCCCCGGCUCUUACCCUCCUCCCUCACCAAGGAUCUCCUCGUCCUCCUCCCAUGUGGAGGAGACAAUUAUACCCCCUCCUCCAGAAUCACAACACUCCACUUUUCCCACACUCCCCUGCCAUGCUCGCCUCUACCUCCUCUCACUGGAGGAGGCUUUGGCAAAUGAAGGGAAAGCGAUGCAGAGUGAUGACUUCACUGUCGUUACCAAAGCAGAGAUGCAUCAGCCCCCCGACAUGCAUAAGCCAAGACGGGUGAGCGAGAGCAGCAGUUCCAGGGCCAGGCCUGACGAUUUGGCGGUGUAACCAAGGCAACGUGAAUAGUGGAUACAACUAGAAAAGGUGCCCAUCAGCCAUCAGCAGCAACAUAGACUUGACUCCAGCAAGUCUGGACAUGACCUCAAAUAUUUACUAAAAAAUGACACUCCUGAGGGAGCAGACUUUCGCCAAGGCCAAUUGAUUCUACUAUGAGUCGGCAUCAAAGUGUAUAGUCUAAAAUUUACCUAUUCACAAUCUAUUUUGGGUCAGAAACUAUCUUUUAUUGUCGCACGACUUUGACACUCUCUUGUGGCAGCUUGGUGCCAGGGAACUAUCUUGAUGUAAAUUGAGGAGCUUCCUUCUGAAAAAAAGAGGGAAAAUAAAUCUGCACCUUUGUCCAGAUCUGCAAUAAUACUUAUGUUUCGCUUUUGGCCCACACAUCACCCCUCCACAAGGUCCUGUUAAAAUCAGUAGAAUAUCUUUUGUGCUCUUCUACAAACUAGAAAUUCAACAAUGACAACAUAACCUCCUUGGCAGGGGUGAAUCAUAGUGUGUAUUUUCUGCUGGAUUGAAUGUUUAAGGUUCCCAUUGGCACAAACAUGCAUCAACAUUUGGUUCACUGAUUUUGUAAAAUUAUGUUAUGAAUAGCCCCAAAAGUCUUGUGGAGCCUACCGCUGAAGUAGAAUAAUUAAUGUUAGCUUUCAUCUAGCGGUGUUGCCGGGGAGGCGAGGUUUAGAUAAUUAAAGGAGACUAAAGUUCAUGUCACAAAGUUGAGGUUUUUUUUGCAAUACGAACUCGUUGCAGGGUGCUACUUCUCUGACAAAAUGCUUCCUCCUGCUGGCUGAAGCACUACAAUCGCAAGAUAGGUGAUUGAGCUCUAAAUUGGGUUACAUAAUUGUGCUUCAAAGCCUUGGUAUUAACAUACGUAAAACAAGCUAAAUGGGUACACAUGUACCAAAUUUGAGAAUUUUCGCAUGAUUUUCUCAAAAAGACUAUCCUGUGAUGCAGGGCGUGUUGAGUGAUUUUCACCCCCCAAUCUGCUUGCAAAACAGUCACGGCACAAUUGUCAUAAAUGACUCCAAAUUAUAAAAUUUUGAGAUUUCAAACUUUGAUUCUAAGUUAACUGAGUACGGCCGAGCCAUGGACUAAGUGAUUGUUUGUAUAACGUGUCUACCGAAUCAUUAUCCACAUUAAUAAUACAAAGAGAGAUGAGUUUAAAUCAAAAUCUUUAGUCACUACUGUAGAUUCAAAAAUACAUAUGUGUUCACCACUUCAGCUGAUUAUCCAUAGAAAAUAAUAAAAUGCUUCUCUUUUCAGACAUGCAGAUUUGACAAACACUUCAACAGAGAAAAAUCAUGAUGCUGAUGAUUGGACUAAUUUGUAACUUUGGGAGCUUAAAGGAAGCAGUAUGGCGUCUUCGUAUUUGUCUUUUGUGUCUUUGCUGGGAGAGACACUAAGACAGAUUUGCACUUUUGUUUUGGUUUUUUUGUUAUUGAUAUGAUGGAUCUCGACUGUCCACAUGGGCGUGUUGGAUUUGUUUAAAUUUGUUUAAUUUGUUUCAGUGUUAACACAAACACAUCUCUGCUGUUACAUCAGGGUCAAUUAUAAAUAUGUAUACACUAUAAAUAAGUAGAGGCUAUUAUAGAUCACUCAAUGUGUGAUGCAGUUUUACAAUUUUUUUUCUCAAAGCAUUCUGGUUCAGUUUGGACUUUUUCCAAUAUUUCACUGUAAGAGGAAGUUGGCAAUAAACAUCUCCAAAGGUCACACUGUAGUUCAUAAAAGCCAAUGCUCAACAUUGAACACUGUUUUGGUUGGAGGACAUUUUGUACAUCUUCUUUCUGAUGCUUGUGUUUGCAGUGUGUUACAGAACUGUUGACGAGUUUCAUUUUCUAGACUAGCUGUAGAUUAUUAUUGUGACUUUUAGGUUUCGCGGGAGGGGUGACGGUGGAUGCGUAUGACCUUUUUUUUUUUUUUUUAAAUCCCUUGUGGAUUGUUAUUUUUUUGUCCCUCACAAAUUCCUGCCUGUCUCAAACAGUUUCACUUGCAACCCUGUACAAUGAGAUGAGCUAUCCAGCGUACUCAUUAUGAAGUAGAUCACCAUGGUUGAGGGUGGCAUAAAGUUAUCACCCUUAACAGUGAAUGAAACCACAAGAUUCUGUUCUUACAGCACUUUGAAAAUGACAAUUCCACCAAAAAAAGACUGUUUGUCUCUAAACUGGGCUCAUUUUACUAAAUGUUAGCGAGCUGUUUUCUAACCUUUAAUAAAGGAUUGCACAUUGACUUUGUAGCCCGCUAUAAUUAGGGUAUGAUGAUGCUAAUACAAACACAAUGAAUUGUCUUAGAAGAAUUUAGAAAAUAGGUUUGCAACGAUGAAGAAAUUCAUCUAAAGUGACUGUUCUUAGCUUGUUAUAUGUGUAUGGAUCUUGAGACUUCCAGCUUAAACACGUGCCUGAGGGACUUUCAUGGCAAACAUUGUUAGUAGGGGCAAACCCUGCUUUUAAUCCACACUGUGUGUGUUGUGUGUGUUUAGGUGUGUAUGUGUAGCGUGUGAACGAGAGGAAGUCUUUAUAGAAGUUUUUGUUGAAGAGACUGUUGAUGUAAAUGUUCAUUUACCUCAGAUGUGGAAAGAAAAAAGUUUUACUCAAUAAACUUAU